AGAGCUGAGUAACUGUUCUGUCAUUUUCAGAGCUGCAGACUCACACCGUGUUUCUUCAGAGAGAACAGAGAUCCAGGGUUUGGAGUUAGCUUUCUUUUCAUAAUAUAUCAAUUGCAAAAAUUUACACAAAUGGGAAGAAUAAUUUCAUCAGUGACAGUGCUUUUACUGGGGUUUGUGACUUCUAAAGCUUUUGACAUUAAGAUUACACCUGACUACAAUGUUCCUGCUCAGAUUGGAGAUAAACUUGAGUUGACCUGUAGUACUACUGGCUGUGAAUCCCCAAGUUUCUCUUGGAGAACCCAGAUGGACAACCCCCUAGGUGGGUCAGUGAUGAACAUGGGGAGCAGCUCCAUCUUGACCAUGGAUCCUGUUGGCAUUGAGAAUGAGCAUGAGUAUCUCUGCAGUGCAUGUUGUGGCAGUCGGAAAGAAGAAAGAAGCAUCAGGGUUGAUGUUUACUCUUUUCCCAGUGAUCCAGUCAUUGAGAUCAGCACACCCCUGAAUGUUGGGGAAAAAGCCAAUAUCACCUGUAUGGUUCCCAAAGUGUAUCCUUCUGAGCGUUUGAAGAUGCAGCUUGAGAAAGAUGGAUCUGUUCUUGGCAUGAAAGAGUUUUAUGAGGAAGGAAGCACCAUAACCACAGAGACAAAAAGUCUGACAUUGACUUUUAUCCCCACCUUUGAAGACAUUGGGAAAGCGAUUACUUGUGUGGCUGAAUUACCAAUUGAUGAAAUGGAAUUUGAACCCAAGAAAAGACAGACUUCACAGAGAUUGAGUGUAAACUAUGGACCAAGAAAUACGACGGUCUCUGUCACCCCCUCCACCACAGUGAAAGAAGGGGGAGCUGUGACAAUGACAUGUACCAGCUAUGGUAAUCCAUCUCCAAAGAUCUCCUGGACAAAGCAUUCCAUCAGUGGAGAGUCGCAGUUUCUUUCUGAAAAUGCAACUUUAACUAUAAAUAACGUAAAGGCUGAAGACUUGGGGCUUUAUGAGUGUGAAGGAGUUAACCAGUUUGGAAGAGAGAAAAAAACUGUGGACUUAAUUGUUCAAGUUCCUCCCCAGAAUACUACAGAGUUAAUAUCUCCAUCAGACAAUGUUGAUGAAGGGGAAAAUAUCACUAUUAUGAGUACAACCUAUAGUAAUUCACCUCCACAGACAGUCCCGCAAAAGAUCCAUCCAAGCAACACAACCAUCCUCUCAUCACAGAAUGACACCUCUACAGUCAGCAAAAAUGACACAGGCAUACACCAUGAGACUGGAAAUAAGAACGAGACUAGAAAUAACACUGAUGUGAUUGAGAUAGCUGUUGUAGAAAUGGUGAAAGAAACAGAUUUUGUGAUUCCUGUGAUUGUUGUGCUCUCUUGUUUAUCAACAGUGGCAACCCCUGCACUUGCAAUAUUGGUUUACAGGUCAAGGAAAGCAAAGAUAAAUGGAUCUUACAGUCCUGUAAAUGCACCAAAACCAAAUGUUUAAGCAAGUGACUAACCUUCUUCAUUCCAUGACCUUAUAUGACAUGCAAGUGACUUUUUGUAACACUGUCGUGAAAAACAUGAAAAAAUGUUCUGUACUGUGAUAAAUAUAACAGCCUUUACAUUAAAGGGAAAAAAAAGACACUGCCUUAGAAAUAGGUGAAUUGCUUCCCUAUUGAAGCAUGCUCAACAAGAAGAGUUCUUUGAAGUGCUAAGUUUGUAGAUAGUAUCCCAUUUCCUAUACAUAUGUAUUAUAAACACAUUCAAGUGAACACCAGUUUGGAAAUUCCAAUAUCCUAUUGCAGCUGUACAUAGAACUGUUGUUUCCUGAGAUAUAAACCAACACUAUUUGAACUGAUUAGACUAUUUUGGCAUUACUUAAUAGUGAGUGUUUUAAAUAUAAUUUGUGUAAAUGUUUGGUGGUGGUACUUUCCUACUGCAUGUAAUGUGUUCCAGGUCCUCCUCUUAUUUAUGCCAACAUAACUCCAUUGGCUCCAGUAAAAGUGCAUAGUAUAAAUGAGAAGAGAAUUUGGCCUUUUGUUUCUAAUUAAUUGUCACAAAUGUAAAUCCUUCAGAGUCAAUUAAAAACUUUUUAACUUUUGUUUAAUAAAUGUGCCAAAGCUUUUGAUAUGCAUGUAACAAUUAUAAAUGUAAUUCAGCAAGUAUCUGUUUGGGAUUAAGAUAUAAUCAACUAUAACAUGUGAGAUGUACAAUGGUAUGGUAUUUAUUUGGGGUCUUGUUACUUCAAAGUAUAUAGCAAGAUUUUCAUUGACUUCACUGUGGGCAGGCCCAUAAUUUAGAAGUUAACUCUAAAUCGACAUGCUUUAUAGACUUUUGCACUAAAAUAAAUCCACCUUGGGGUAUUGCCGUUAAUCAUAAAUGGUAAUAAGGCUCCAAUACACAUAUUCAACUCUUAUUGAAUAGACACAGAAUUUGUGAUCUAACAUAUUUAGAUGAAGUUUCUAAAUAUUUCACUGUCUCCUGUUCUUGGUACUGUAUUUUUGUUCAUAGAAAUGUUUAUUCAGUUGAAAUUCCCAACCAAUGCCCAUGUAAUAGUGAGAUGCAACAUGUAUGUUUGCUUUAUUCCCACUUGUUAAUCCUUAUUUCUUUGAAAAGCAAAGUGGUCAAAAUGCUGAAACUAGGUGGUGUAUUUAUUUAUUUUGUUUUCUAUCUUGUAUGGUGUGUGUAACAAUAAUGGGACCCAGGACACAGACUGGCCUGUAUGAGGGAAAACUCAGAGAGUUAAUGUGUAUAUUCUAUAGAUGGCACCAACACAAAAGCAGCAGUUGCAGUAGACUUAGUAAGUAUUAUGAAUUAGUUGUCACAAAACAGUAUAUGGUCCUGGGUACUAGAAAAUUCUGUCAGGAGAAAAAAUGAAGAGAUGCCAGUCUGUUAAUCUAUGUAAAAGACACCUAACAUGCUGCUUCUGCCAAUUCCUGAAGAAAGAAAGAUCUUCCCUAGUUAAGGAAGCAUGCGAUAAAGCAGGACUCAGGGCCUGGAGCACAACUCCAAGGGAGUAAAAAGUCUGCCAGGGUCAUCUCUUCUUAACAAUACCUUGGGCCUGGCUGGGCCUCUCAGAGUUGAAUUUGCCCCCUAGAACUUCACACUGGUUCUCUCCCUUCUGCUUGGAAAGCGGAACCACAGCUUCUGUGGUAUCAUUGAGAUACUGGCAGGCCUCGUGGCAGCCUGUGCCAAGGCUUUAGGCCUCAGCCAAACACUGACAAAGUAAUUGCUGGGAACCUGGUCUUUGUGUUAGUAUGGUUAAGAGGGUAUUGAACUUAUAACAAUGUGUUUAGUGUUUAGACCUUAUGAAAUGCUUGUAAGUUGCAACAUGCCUUAAUGUCACAGAUCAUUUCUUUAUCACAUGCUAUGCGGUAACAUUUAAGUUUUUGCUUUGUAACUAUAGAACUGUGAACCAGGCAGGAGGGAUCAUCUCCUGCCCCUCAAGAAGGCCUAUCAAAAAUAAGUGUGCCACUGUGGAACAUCACAAUACAAAGACAUUGUUAAUUAUCCCCUUGCACCCAUGAAGAGGCUACGUGCAAAAGGGCUUGUCCCAUAAGCUUGAAUUCUGGAAGAAGAAAAUAAAAACAGCUGACAAGAAUUUUGUUCAUCUCUUUUUCUGUUCGACUCUUACAGGGCCAGAACUACGAAAGAGAAUCUGAGAUCCCCAGGGUCAAUCUGGGUUAGCCCUAAAAGACAUUUAGAGCUGACAGAUCACUACAACCUUAUCACUUUGUAAAACCAUAGACUAACUCAUUUGUAUGUAUGCUUGCCACCUUUAACUUUGUAAUAAUUCUAAUUCUUUUCUUAGUUAAUAAAUCCUUAGAUAGUUUACUAUAGA